AUGUGUGGCCAUGCGACAAUCGCCCUUGGUCGUUUUCUGGUUGACACUCAGGACUUAACCGUCUUCCCUCGAAGAAAUGAAUUGAAGCCCGACCUCGCAGCGCGAGAGGUGAAGGUCAAUAUCCAUGCGCCGUGUGGACUAGUCCGGGUGGUUGUGCCUACCUCUGCUGACGGUCUGAAAUCGGAUGAAUCUCGCCCUGUGCGCUUCCUAUCUACCCCUGCAUACUGCGCCGCUACCGACUUGGAGGUGCCAAUCCCAAAGGAGCUGGCGUGGCCCGAACUUGGUGACAGAUCUUCCAUUCGUCUUGAUAUAUCGUAUGGAGGUGCUUUCUAUGCACUUGUUGACGUCAAGGAACUCGGAUUCAAGACUGGGCUCCGCAACUUCAGCCUGGAGGCCAUUUCUGUUGCCGUGAAGAGAUUGAAACGGCAUUUGGUCACACUUCCCAAUGUUAUUGAAGCAUUGCAGCAUCCAGAGGACCAGAGAUUAUCAUUCCUCUACUCAGUUAUGGUGGUCGAUCGCGAGCUUGGCUCAAAGCCAGAUGGCGUCGAUGGAACAGAAACUGGUCUUUGCUUUUAUGCAGAGGACUCAAUCGAUCGAUCCCCCACAGGCUCCUGUGUCACUGCUCGCAUGGCUCUGGCGUUCUCCAAGAGGAUUCGAAAGCAGGGCCAGAAAUGGGCGUAUAACUCUAUUAUCUCGAAUUAUUUCGACACAGGCGCUUUUAUUGCAAGUAUUGUCGAUGAUAAUGUGAAGAUCGAGGGACCCAAUACCCAGGGUGGUAGAGACGGAGUCGUGGUCCUGGUCGAGGGCAAGGCUUACUAUACUGGAACUAUGGCAUUUGUUGUCGAGCAGGGGGAUGUCACUAGUGAGAGUGGUUUUACUUUGGAUUCUUGUACAUAA